AUGGCGCUCGCGAGCCUCACGCUGGGCUGCCUCGUCGCGCUCGGCGCGCACGCGACCUCCGAAGGCAACAUGAACGGGCUCUACCCCUACUCGCCGACGCCCAAGGGCCGCGUCGACCUGCUGCCGAAGGAAUACAGGGACUACCCCGGCGAGGUCGAAUACUACGACUGGUACAGCCCGCCGAUGGAGACGCUCUACAGCCAGGUCUGGUGGAAGCCGCUGGCGCCCACGGAGCUGCCGGCGGCCAUGGUCGCCAAGUACAACGGAACGAAGGCGGCCAUCGUCGGCUGGGAGAUGGACCAGGUCCGCGUCACGCCGCGGGGCGACGUCUCCGUGCCCAUCUCCGCGUCGUAUAACCACCACUUCACGUCCGUCAUCGCCGGCGCCGGCGCGACCUUCGAGAAGAUCAAGUUCGACGGCCCGCGCGACCCGCGCGCGGCCGAGUACGGCCUCGUCGAGCGGAGCCACGGCCGCGUCAACUGGGACGAGCCCCAGUACGUCGUCGCGGGCGGCGAGGCGCACCCGUUCUCCAGCGGCAACGGCGGCGAAUACCGCAAGACGCAGCACGGGUUCGCGCCCGGGUACGCGCUCGUCGUCGACUCGCCGCGGAGCGUGCAGGUGACGCCGAUGCAGAUCGACACCUGGAACCGCGACGCGAUGGACAUCGACGGGCCGCUGCCGCCGCCCUUCGUCGCCGGCCCCGAGCCGCGGGCGUCGCUCGCGCCGCCGGGCGCCGGCCACUCCGGGCUCCUGGAGUGCCCGAUGACGACGCGGCUCGGCAAGCGCGUCGACGGCGCCUACGCGCUCGUCGAGUCCUGCGCGUCGCCGAUCGUCACGUACCACGAGUGCUUCGAGGCCGCCGCGGCGGUCACGAAGAACGCGACGUUGCGGAACGUCACGGGCGACGACGCGGCGCGGCCGCCGGCCUGCUCCGUGGCGGGCGGCGCGGCCUUCUUCAACGAGCGCGCCGCGUCGACGGCCCGCGGCGCCGUCGUCUGCCCGACGGACCCCAAGCCCUUCGGCCAGGCGACGGGCGCGCUCGUCUACCACGCGACGGCGCAGCAGGAGGACGUCGGCUCCGGCGCGGCGGACUCGUUCGGCGGCGGCGGCAAGAGCUGCGCGCCCUGGCCGGCGACGACGCUCCUCGACCAGGCGAACCCGUCGUGCGACGUCCGCACGUACCGGGGCGGCCAGUGGGCCUGCCACCACAUGUGGUCGCUCCUCGACGCGGACCAGGACAUCCCCUGGGCCGACGAGCCGCUCGUCUUCCGCAUGAAGAUCCGCUGGUGGGUCCAGCCCUACGACGCGGCGGUCCACACGCCCGUGCGCCUCGGCGAGGGCGACGGCUCCGUGCUGCUCCUGGGCAGCCCCUGGGAGUACGACAUCCCCGAGUGCGGCCUGGGCGUCCCCGGGUGCUCGCUCCACGCCGACGGCGCCACGUGGCUCCACACGGUCCGGGGCAACAGCGUCGGCAAGGAGACGUACGUGACGGCGAACUCGCACUGCCACGCGCCGACGUGCCUCUCGACGGCCGUCUACGCGUGCCCCGAGGGCACGCCGCUCGAGGCCUGCGACGACCGCGUCGGCGAGCUGGUCUGCGAGAACGCGCCGGUCUACGGCGGCGCGGGCGCGCCGAGCCUCGCGGGCACGCGCUUCGACGAGCCGGGCUACAUCGCCAUCGCGGACUGCAUGUGGGGCUCCGCGGACUACGGCCUCGAGGCGCCGCGGAAUCUCACGGGCGUCCCGCUCCACGUCGUCAAGGUCGCCAACGCCACGCACGCCCACUACGGCGAGAUGUCGGGGACCCAGCCCUGGGUCAUGUGA